UGUCCAAAACACCACUUAAACACACAUCUCAAAAGUGUUUUAAUACCUUGGUAAAUACAUAAAGUUACUCAAAAUCACUAAAUCACAAAAACAAUGGAAAUCACUACUAAUUAAUGUUGAGCCAAAACUGGUUGACUUAAAAGGGUCAUUGCAUUUGUUGCUAACUAUUAGUAAUAAUGAAUGCAACAGGUGUUGGCUAUGGUCCCAUGGUUCCUUGGGAUAUAUAAAUAACCUGGAUUACCCUGCAACACACUACAAAAUGGACAAUGUAACCAUUAAUGUGUUAGACAGCAAAGGUAAUGUUGUCAUGCUAACAGUUUCCAAGGACAUUGCUGAAAGGAUGCAAAAUGAUCAAUUGUUCCUAUCUUCAGUCAUGGAGCAAGUAUCAGCUGUUGAAACAAAAGGUACACAUUUACUAAAUGAACAAGAAUAUACUGGAAUUAUUUCUUGGGUGACACUGACCACAUCUUCUCUCCAAACAGCUCUCCUCAGUGGCCCAGCUUCUGCUGCAAAGCUCCUCCAACCUCCUAUUCCAUGUCUCACUAGGUCACCGGUACCCCUAAACCUCAGUUUUGUGAAACCAUCAACCAGCCAGUGCCCCACUAGGCCCCCUGUACCACCAUCAACCAGCCAGUGCCCCACUAGGCCCCCUGUACCACCAUCAACCAGCCAGUGCCUCACUAGGCCCCCUGUACCACCAUCAACCAGCCAGUGCCUCACUAGGCCCCCUGUACCACCAUCAACCAGCCAGUGCCUCACUAGGCCCCCUGUACCACCAUCAACCAGCCAGUGCCUCACUAGGCCCCCUGUACCACCAUCAACCAGCCAGUGCCUCACUAGGCCCCCUGUACCACCAUCAACCAGCCAGUGCCUCACUAGGCCCCCUGUACCACCAUCAACCAGCCAGUGCCCCACUAGGCCCCCUGUACUACUUACCUCCACUGUCAAGUACCCACCGCCUGCCACUCUGCAACCUGGUGCAAUGUGUGGAAACCCUUCAGAAUCCAUUCAACCUUCAUCCCCCUCCUUCCAGUCAGACAGGCAUGAAUCUCAAGAAAUAACACAUCAAAUGACACUAUUUCUACUGGACCUUACAAAAACCCAUCAGCAACUUUAUUUUAGGAACAAAAUGGCUUUCUAUAAAAAAUUGCAAAACUCCUUCUCACAAAAGGGCUACAACUUAUCCAGUGAGAAAAUUAGGAAAAAACUAGCAAACAUGUUGACCACUUAUAAAAGGGUAAAAGACAGGCGCCGUGCAACUGGGGAGGGGAAGAUCACCUGGGAGUACUAUACACUAAUGGAUGAGUUGUUUGGGUCAUCGGGAAUCGGUACCGCAUUACCAGGCACCAUUCACUCCACACCUCUGGGUUUGGAAGAGACCUCCUCCAAAAGUAGGCCCACAUCAUCUUCCCAAGACCAGCCAGCAGGGGCUAGUAUAGAUGAACAGUCCGGAACCUCUACCAUACCAAAUACAAGCAGGCAAAGACGAUCACAACAACCCUUACAAUUUCUGGAGGCUUAUGAAGAGCAUGCCGAGAGAAGGACUGCUGUGCUUGAGUCCCUGGUAAGGCCAGAUCUGGAGAGAUGGCGGCGACUUAAGGAGAGGCGCAGAAGGUCCUUUGAAAAAAAGAUGUUGACCAGCUUGGGAACAAUUGUUGAGGAGCUAAAGAAAAUGGGGAAAAGACAAGAGCAAAUCAUGCAUUUAUUACAGAACCCACAUGAACGUCAAUAAUUUAAAGAUUUUUUUUUUCUCUUGAUUUGCAGCUUUCCCCAAAAUGUUUCUUCCCCCC